UCUAAGCUCGUGUUAUUAUUAUUAUUAUUAUUAUACAUUUAUAUAUCCUGAUUCCUGAUAGCGGGAAACAAAGUUUAAACGAGAAUUGUGACUUAUUCGUCGGCUAUUAUUUAGGCUUAGGGGCUUAGCUACUAGCUGUCUGGCGUCUGUCUACCACUGUCCACGACGUACUUUAAUCGCCGAAGUGAUGUCCAACGUUGACGUUUUGGAGCAAUUGCAGCUGGUGCUCAGGCCCGACAUGUCGGACCGGCAGAUUGUGUGCGUCGAGGAGACCGACACCGCUAAAGGGGACAUGAUCUCAUCGUUUUACAUGUGGUAUGUAUUCACGAAGACUGAUCUACCUGUGUGUAUGGUUGGUCUCCGAGACACGUACGGUCACUACCAGAACAUAGGCCUGAAGUUCCAUUACAACCUGCUGUCUAUGUCCAAUCAAAAACGAUUUUCAUUUGUUGAGUCUAUCAUGUCCAUUGAUGGUCUGGCUGGUUGUGCGCGAGAGCUGCUAGAAAGAUAUCCCACCGGUUCUGUCUACAUGGUAGUCGAUGACGCCAGCUCACUUUUGUUGUUGGGUGAGAGGCUUGAAGACAUUGUUGGAUUUCUGAUAUUUGUCAAGCAACAACCUCGCCUUUGCUUAGUCCUUGGUUGUUGGAAACAUAAGGCUGAUGAAGCAGCUAAGAGGUUAGCAGCUGCUGUGUCGCAUCUGGCUGACAUCAGUAUAGCACUGGCACCAUUAGUCACAGGGUUUUCUAACACUGCAACAGGCACUAUGAGGAUUACUUCACAUGGAUCAUUGAACCAUAUAGAUGACGUAUCUUAUCUAUACAAAUUAGCCGACAAUGGUCUUAAGUUAACAUUAAAUUCAGGCAAUGUCAGAUAAAACCAUUAGAUAUUUAAACAUUUUAUGAGCUGUUGUAAUGUGACAUGAAUCAAUCCACACUAUUUGAAUUAAAUUAAUUUAAUAUAUUGUUAAUAAAUAUCAACCAACAAUAA